AGUUAUUUAAGCUAAGCUGUUAAUUUCACGCCGUCGCCUCAACUUCAGUUUCAACAGAUGUCCACUGGAGGUCAUCGCAACACGGGCGCGGGCCACCAAAGAUCGCUGAGCGUCCCAGGUGGAGCAGCGGAGCAGCAACUUCUCCCAAGCCUCUCUUUUUGAGGUCGGCGCCGGCCACAGCCCCCUGUCGCAAUGCUGCCGUGCCAACCGUUCUACCAUUUCCUUCGGGAGCUGCCGCUCACGCCAGUCAAGUCGUCCAAGACUGCCGACCUUACCUUCUUCUGUGGGACGUACGUGGCACACAGCCACAGUGAGGCUUCCACAACAUCACUAUUCAUUUACUUCUCUCCGAUUGUAGAGCGCUCGUCUCUAGGCGAUCGCACGGCUAGCCUGUCCUUCAAUGGCAAGCCAUACUUCCGCUUGCCGUUGACAAUGGUGAACACUUUCCCCCUUGUUGAUCGCACCAAAAAGAACUGCUUCGCUGUUUGGGAUGAGUUCGUUCCAGAGAAGGUGACGGUGCGUGCCUUCGAAGCUGUGAAGGUCUUGGAGAGCGAGAUGAUGUCCUUGCUCAUUGAAAGUGCACCAUACAUCAUGAGACGAGAAGAAACGGAAGCACUCUUGAGAGCCCAUUUUGCGACAUCAGACGAGGCCGUCGUCGAGAAUUUGCAGAUGUCCUUGCUUUGCCCAAUCGCCAAGAGGAGGCUUCGUGUCCCAUGCCGCGGUGCCCGCUGCCAGCACUUGCAGUGUUUCGACGCCUAUGCCUAUCUGGCCCUCAAUGACAGCACGCUGCACCCCUCCUGGCGCUGCCCAGUCUGCAAUGAUCAGGUGCUUCUACAGGACAUCCGCGUCGACCUGCUGACGCUGGACAUCCUCCGCAAGGCUCAAAGUGAUUGCAGCACCGUGAACAUUCAACCCAACACCAGCUGGAUGCUUGGGACGGGCUGUCAUGAUCACAGUGUCAUCACUAUUGACGACAGUCCGGUCAAGAUGCCUCAAAAGACGUGCAACUCACUCUUCAUCGACUUGACACUCGACCCUGACUAGAGCCAAAGGUUGUUGAGUGCUCCGCCAUCCUUUGGGGCUUUGUUGUUUUGUCGGACAUUGACCUGCCCAUGUUCUGUGGGCAAGGAAAAUAGAUUUCUCAAGCGUUGUUAAAGAUCUGGCCUCUUUACUUCAAUCAACUGUUCAGCUUUAGAAGUGACCGUAAAAACUGAAAGUUUGAGAAUUUUCGUACCUUUGUAGCUAGAUGCUCCACUUGUUGCAAAUCAGCAGUAAUUUGUGUCAAUCGGUUAAUAGCAUUACUUUAAAAUUUAGAUUGUCAUUGUAUACUUUAUAUACAAUACCAUUCAUAAUUAUAAAUGACAUUCUUAAUUUUACAUUCUGCGGGCAAGAAAAGUUCUUAAGUGUUGUCAAAGCUCUGGCCUAUUCACCUCACUCGCCUGUGCAACCUUAGAAGCGGCUGUUAAAACUGAAAGUGUGACAAUUUUCAUACCUUUUUAGCUAGGUGCUCCACUUGUUGCAAGUCAGCAGUGGUUUGUGUCGAUCACAUCAAAAUUUGGAAUGUCAUUGUAUACUUUAUAUACAAUGUCAUUCAUAAUAAUAAAUGACUUUCUGAAUUUUCAAUUUUGUGGGCUAGGAAAGGAGAUUUCUCAAGUGUUAUCAAAGCUCUGGCCUCUUCACCUCACUCGGCUGUGCAACCUUAGAAGCAGCUGUUAAAACUGAAAGUUUGAGAAUUUUCAUACCCUUUUAGCUAGGUGCUCCUCUUGUUGCAAGUCAGCAGUGGUUUCUGUCGAUCACUUCAAAGUUUGGAAUGUCAUUGUAUACUUUAUAUACAAUGUCAUUCAUAAAUAUAAAUGACAUUCUAAAUUUUCAAUUUUGUGGGCUAGGAAAGGAGAUUUCUCAAGUGUUAUCAAAGCUCUGGCCUCUUCACCUCACUCGGCUGUGCAACCUUAGAAGCAGCUGUUAAAACUGAAACUGACAUUGUAUACUUUAUAUACAAUGUCAUUCAUAAUUAUAAAUGACAUUCUAAAUUUUCAAUUUUGUGGGCUAGGAAAGGAGAUUUCUCAAGUGUUUUUGAAUUGAAUUUGAAUUUUAUUCAUCAAGCGUGAACAUGGAAAA